AUGUCAAGCGACGACCUGGGUUCACUUGAACUCAAGGAUAAAGACAAAAUUGCUCAUGAUGAGAAUGAGUUAGGUAUUCCCAGUUGGUCUGAAGAAGAGAAGCACAAACUUGACAAGAUUUACAGAAAGUUGGACUUCAGAAUCAUCCCUGCCCUCUGGUGCAUGUACUUUCUUACUUCGUUUGGAUCUAACGUCUAUGGUGUCACUUUGACAAUGAAUAGAUCUGAAGGACAUUCUAUGCGUCAAAGAUUAGACCUUUCUGCCCAUGAUACCUCCACUGCUUCGGCUUUAUACUACGUUGGUUACAUCAUCUUUGAUGUGCCAAUGAACUUGAUCAUGACUAAAGUUUCGCCGCAAUCGUGGUUGGCCAGAAUUGUCAUCACCGUUGGUGUAGUGUACACCUGUUACCAUUCUUUGCAGAACCCAGCUGGUCUCAAAGCCGUGCGUUUUAUCUCUGGUAUGGUCGGUGCCGGUACUUGGCCUGGUUUGAGUUACUACGUCUCCUUGUGGUACCCUAACGAUAGACAAACUAGACGUAUUGGCUACUACUAUACUGCUGCCCAGCUUUCUGCUGCAGCCGCUGGUCUUGUGAGUGCAGGUUUCCAGAAGAUGGAUGGUGAUAGAGGUUACACUGGCUGGCAAUGGAUGUACUUGGUUUACGGUUGCAUUACCAUUGCAGUUGGUAUUUCCUUGCUUUGGUGGCUUCCCGACAGGCCAACACAUCAGCGGAAAGAAGCUACCUCCAAGUUUAAAAGAGUUAUGAGUACCGUUUUCUACUCACCUCCCCCUCUCACUGGUGAAGAAAAGAGCAUGCACCUUAAAGAUAUUGAGCAUCGUUAUAAGUUACUCAAGUGGACUUGGAGAGAUGUCAUUCAAGUAAUGACUGAUCUCCGUGUCUGGUUCAUCAUUUUGAUGUACUUUGGCGCUGUGGGUACCGGAUUCGGUUUGGCUGUGUUCGGUUCUACUAUUAUUGCCGCACUUAACCCAGACCUUUCGAGUAUCAAUGUUUCCCUCUUGUAUGCUCCGAUCUGGCUUUUUGACUUUGGCGGUAUUUUGCUCAUAACGCCCUUUGCAGACAGAUACAAGAAUCAUCGAGCUUUCUUUUUCUGCGGCGCAUGUGUGAUUAUCAUGGUGGGUCUAUUUGUUACAACUUUCGCAAAAGGUUUUUGGAAUAGGUGGGCUGGACUCUUGAUCUCAGGUUUUGGCUUGGGCCCUACAAUCCCUAUCUGCAUGUCCUGGUCAGCUGAGAUGUUUGGACCUCGCUAUGGUGACGUUGGUAAUGCAGUAAGUUCGGCCAUUGUCUCUGGCUUAGGUAACUUAGGCUCUGUUACUGCUACCUACGCUUUGUACUCCGGCUGGCCAUCUGAUGAGGCCCGUCUUUACAGGAACUCCAACAUGACCUUGGUGGGUAUGUUAGGUAUCAGUGUGGUCUCUGCGCUCGCGUGUCAUAUGCUCAAGAAUAAGAUCAGGCAAACAUAA